UGCGCGGGUCGCGGUGCUGUGAGGUCUGCGGGCGCUGGCAAAUCGGGCCCAGGAUGUAGAGCUGGCGGUGCCUGACGGCGUGUCUGACGCGGAGUUGGGUGGGGUAGAGAGUAGGGGGCGGUAGUCGGGGGUGGUGGGAGAAGGAGGAGGCGGCGGCGAAUCACUUAUAAAUGGCGCCGAAGCAGGACCCGAAGCCUAAAUUCCAGGAGGGUGAGCGAGUGCUGUGCUUUCAUGGGCCUCUUCUAUAUGAAGCAAAGUGUGUAAAGGUUGCCAUAAAGGAUAAACAAGUGAAAUACUUUAUACAUUACAGUGGUUGGAAUAAAAAAAGUGCUGUGAGGCCCAGGCGCUCUGAAAAAACUUUGAAGACACGUGAGGAUAUUGUAGCCCUUUUUCCUGUUCCUGAAGGAGCUCCCUCAGUACACCACCCCCUCCUGACCUCUAGUUGGGAUGAAUGGGUUCCAGAAAGCAGAGUACUCAAAUAUGUGGACACCAAUCUGCAGAAACAACGAGAACUUCAAAAAGCCAAUCAGGAGCAGUAUGCAGAGGGGAAGAUGAGAGGGGCUGCCCCUGGAAAGAAGACAUCUGGUCUGCAACAGAAAAAUGUUGAAGUGAAAACAAAAAAGAACAAACAGAAAACACCUGGAAAUGGAGAUGGUGGCAGUACCAGUGAGACACCUCAGCCUCCUCGCAAGAAAAGGGCCCGAGUAGAUCCUACUGUUGAAAACGAGGAAACAUUCAUGAACAGAGUUGAGGUUAAAGUAAAGAUUCCUGAAGAACUAAAACCAUGGCUUGUUGAUGAUUGGGACUUAAUUACCCGACAAAAACAGCUCUUUUAUCUUCCUGCCAAGAAGAAUGUGGAUUCCAUUCUAGAGGAUUAUGCAAAUUAUAAGAAAUCUCGAGGAAACACAGAUAAUAAGGAGUAUGCUGUUAAUGAAGUCGUGGCAGGGAUAAAGGAAUACUUCAAUGUAAUGUUGGGCACUCAACUACUCUACAAAUUUGAGAGACCACAGUAUGCUGAAAUCCUUGCCGAUCAUCCUGACGCGCCCAUGUCCCAGGUGUAUGGAGCACCACAUCUACUGAGAUUAUUUGUACGAAUUGGAGCAAUGUUGGCCUAUACGCCUCUGGAUGAGAAGAGCCUUGCUUUAUUACUGAAUUAUCUUCAUGAUUUCCUAAAAUACCUGGCAAAGAACUCUGCAACUUUGUUUAGUGCCAGCGAUUAUGAAGUGGCCCCUCCUGAGUACCAUCGGAAAGCUGUGUGAGGCUCUUACACUCACUUAUGUUUGGAUCUCUGUAAACACAUUUUUGUUUCAGUCAUUCUCUUGUACAAAUGAUGUACUUUGGAAAUGUUAGUGUAUAACAGAAUUGAUGUUUGUUUUUUCUGUUUGAUUUUAAACAGAGAAAAUAAAAGGGGUUACAGCUC